ACGGUAGGUACUUAGUUAAUUUUGUGAAAGUAUGAGAUGGUAUAGACUGUACACUCCGCAGUACACUCCUUGAAUAAAUAUUAUAGCUCUAGAAUUCCUGACAUUUAUAAAGAGCUGGUAAUGCCCUAUAAUCUACACUAUUCGACGACAAUCACACGGACUAUUGUAAGUAUCAAAAACUCGUAACGCAAGACGCGAUAUUUGCGAUCGUGAUCGGAUGUUUUAUGCACAUGAACAUUCUAUUUAGCGAAAUAUCCUUGCAAAAUGGAAUAAUUGUAUUGUUAUGAUUUCACGGGUUCUAUUGUUACUCAUUAUAUGCAAUGCCAGAAUUUAAAUGCCUUUCUGGCGUACCAACGAAUCAACCACAGAUAUAAAUAUAGUGUUGUGAAACUUUUAUUUCACCACAGAAAAUCAACUCAAACAUUUAUAUAUCGCGUCACUCAGAACAGAUACGGUUUUAUAUUUUUUUCUUUACCAAUUAAAACAAAAAUCAUUAUUUCAAAUAAUCGAUUAAUUAAAAUUGUCAUCACAAGUUACAACACUAGGUUGAAACAUAAAAAUUAAAAUUGUACAUGUACUGUGCGUGGGCUUCAGCUUAAUUUCAUUUUUUUGCCUUUUUGUGAUAAAAACAUAAUAAAUUAUUAAGUGAAUGAUUAGUAACAAAAAGCAAUAAAAAUACUAGCGUAUAUUUAACAAUGGUGUAUGUCUUCAAGCGUGAAUAUUUUUUAAAGUAGUACAGUGGCGGGUUGUGAGCAAGGCGCGGGUGGCGCAGGGUCAGGCGGCGGACGUCCUGCGGACACCAUACGACGCGUCAAAGUGAAAAUGUCUUCAGUAUCAGCGCAAGGCGUGGUGGAGCGCGCGUCCGCCGAGCUGUCGCGCCGCAUCACCGGGCUGGGGCUGCGGGGCCGCAAGCGCUCGCCGGGCGUGGUGGAGCGCGUGGCCAACGCGCUGUGCGGGCCCGCCGCGCCGGCCGCGCCCCGCGUGCCGCGCCGCCGCCGGCCCUCGCCGCGCCCGCUGCUCUGGAACCAGUUUAUACUCGAGGAAAGAUUUCUUGAUAAAUUCUUCCUGUACUUCAACGCGAGCGACAGGCGGACGCUUGCGCAAGUGUGCACGAGGUGGCGCGACGUGCUGUACUCGUCGCCGCGAUGGUGGACCGGGCUCGUUGCGGUGUUGGAUUGUCGGGAACUGCGUUCUGCGACCGGAUGUUGCAUGCAAAGGUUCUACAACUCAUUAAUACGAAGAGGUAUCCGCGGGGUGGUGCUGGUGUCGGCGUCAGAUGACGAUAUAAACGAGUUUAUAAGACAAUUCCCGCUGUCUGCACAUCAUGUCCACGCUAUUAGUCUUAAAGGAUGUACGAUAACUGAUAGGGGGUUGGAAGCAAUUUUGGAUCAUCUUCAGGUUCUCUUUGAGCUAGAACUAACUGGAUGUAACGAAAUAACAGAGGCUGGCUUAUGGGCAUGUCUAACACCUCGAAUCGUAUCACUCACGCUUACUGACUGCAUUAACAUUGCUGACGAAGCAGUUGGUGCGGUGGCUCAACUGCUACCAUCGUUGUAUGAAUUCUCACUACAAGCAUACCACGUGACUGAUGCUGCCCUUGGUUAUUUUUCGCCGAAGCAGAGCGCCUCGUUGAGUGUGCUUCGUUUACACAGCUGUUGGGAGCUUACCAACCAUGGUGUUGUAAAUAUCGUGCACUCGUUACCAAACCUGACGGUGCUGUCGCUGAGCGGGUGCAGCAAGGUGACGGAUGAGGGCGUGGAGCUGCUGGCGGAGAACCUGCCGCGCCUGCGCAGUCUCGACUUGAGCUGGUGCCCGCGCGUCACCGACAAUGCGCUCGAGUACAUCGCCUGCGACCUCAACCAUCUCGAGGAACUUACGCUCGACAGGUGUGUCCAUAUAACAGAUAUAGGCGUGGGAUAUAUAAGUACGAUGCAGUCGCUUGUCGCAUUGUUUCUGAGAUGGUGCUCACAAUUAAGAGAUUUCGGAGUGCAACACCUCUGUGGAAUGCGAUCCCUCCAAUUGCUAUCGUUAGCUGGUUGCCCCUUAUUGACUUCUGGCGGGCUGUCAAGUCUGAUACAACUGCGCCAAUUACGUGAACUGGAGUUGACCAACUGUCCCGGCGCGUCGCCCGAACUGUUCGACUACCUACACGAGCACCUGCCGCGAUGCGUCAUCAUAGAGUGAACUCGCUGGUACUUUAAUAGUAUUUAUUUACUAAUGGAGCUUUGUUGUGGAACCUAAUUAUUUAUUGAAAUACAAGAUGUAGAUGACUUCCGCAUACCAUUUAUAACCUUAUUUACAGUAAGUCCAUAAUGUAACAUAAACAUUAGAGUUGCACCCAAUAUCCAAAUACGGCGAAUGCCAUACCGGCGAGCGCUCCGCGUUAUCACGCGUGGGAUCGUCUAAUUUGGACGUACUGGAGGAUAGCAUAAUUAUUAUUCUUCACAUACUUAUUGUUUAACAGAUAGUAUAUUGAGUUUAUUGGAGAAAUUUUGUUUGUAUAAAGUGCUGACAAUUUCUGUUGGGUAGAUGUAAUAUUACUGAUGCAAUAACAUAAGUAAUGUAGGAUACAUCACUUUUAGUUUUCGAAUUUAAAUGAGAUAUGCGAUUAAAACUACAUUACUCAUGUAUAAUAUUGUAGAAAAACAAAUUUUUUAUUAAAUGUUAUGCGGAAGUGACAUACAUUCUGUUGAGAAAAAUACGUAUUGUAUUAUUUUUGUAACAGUAUAAAAUUUAUUUAUUUUGUAACUGUUAAAUGCUACCUGGUUUAUUUAUAAGAGAUAUUAUAUUAAGGUGCACACUUAAUUUUAUGAAAAUGUUCAUAAUUUCAUCAUACUAGUCUCACCAAAAUUGCAGUAGGGCAAAAAUCAUUAUUAUAAAAUACCUUUAGUGAUUGUGGUAGGCAAGUCGAGACCAACAUUGAUUAUUGGAGUUUAUCUGAUUAAUUUUUGAAUGGGAAAGAGAGAGAUAGAAAAUGCGAGUGAGGUCGUCCUGUUGCCGUAGUCGUCACGCAUUAAUUAAUUAUUAAAGAGCUAUGCAUCUGUCUAAGUAAUUUAUUAUGUAUUUACAAUCAGCAUGAUAAAGCAAAUCACUACUGUAGGAGAAUUUGGCCAGUUAGUCCAUGAGGUACGAAUCGCAAUAAAUCCCUAAAUCAUAACUGUUAUCGCCAUCCUCACCUCUGAAGAACUGGCAGUUAUAAUCAUUUAUAUGCAUUUCACUUACAAUUUGCAUUUCAUUAAUUUUCUCUUGUCCAACUUAAAAUACAAAAAAUUAUUGAUCUGUAUAUAACCAAAAAUGCUAAAUCACAUGCUAGGCAGCUUAGGUGAAAGAUAAAAGGCGCGCAUUUCAGCGAUGCGUGGUUUUUUCGAUUAAAAGUAUUAUUGCUAGUCCGUGGCACGCCAUAAUAACAGUAAUUGUUUAUGGUCUCGACAUGUAUACCUACAUCUCGUACAAUCCUAAUCUUGCUUAUAGCAACUAUUAAAAGAACAAGCAAUGCAGUAGUGAUAAUUAAAUUUCCAUCGAUAUUACCUAAAUGCAUUACUCUAACUUCUUAAAAAAUAAUAUGUUCCAGUAGUUUACUAUAGUACAUGUAAUGUGGGUAGUACAUAAUAUUUAUUUGAUUUUAUUUUUACUGUUGCACAUAGCAUUCCUUCUAUGUAUUCCUAAGAAUUUGCUCAAAUUGAUUGAUAUGUCUCGUCGGGAACAGUGUUACAAAUUUUAAAUAUAUAAUUAUUUACUUUAUAAGGCACAUUCAUCACUUUUUCUGUCUAUUACAAUUUAAUGUCAUUUUUAAUGUUUCUUAAUACCAAAAUCUUUUAAGUCAAAUAAGUAAAACUUGAAUCCAAUUUUAAAUUUAUUUAUAUGUGGUUACUAAACUCAUAGUAGUAGGUAGUAUUCUUAUAAAAUUUAAGUAUAUAGUAGAAUACACAAUAUGGUGUACUUAUAAUAUACUAUGUUGUUUUAAAAAUCACUUUAUGCUUCGACGAUCAUAACUUAAUCUUAAAUAAGGUUGUUUUGUGCGAUGUUAGUGGCAUUAGGCUCCCUUUUUAUUGUUUUCGCAGUGUUCGGUCUCCCUGUUACCAGAUUUUAAUGAUGAAUGAUUUCUAUUUAAAAAAAAUCGUUUUAAAUAAGUUAUGAUGAAUCAUUUAAUAACAAAAAAAUAUUUAUGUCUUAAACAAAAUCCACCAGUUGAAAAUAAGUAUUUGAGAUACCUAAAGAAAUUUUACUUAUAUAAUGUAAAAAAAACUUUUUUUUUUCCUAAACCUAAAGCUAUUAAUUUCAUUUACUAUCAUAAUACUAAUAAUACAACAAACCUUAUAUAUAACAAAUUCACAAUUAUAAUAUUGAUUCUAGUCAAAACUUACACUUAUAAUUUUAGUAAUUAAUGUUAUAUAUAUUUUUUAAUAUACAUAUAAUCAUUAUUUCAUACAAUACACAAAGGACCAUCAUUACGUCACAUGUUAAGAACGGGGGGAGGGGGGUCCAAUCCAAUCCAAUUUAUUUUCAUUGGCUGUAUCGUUUAUACGAAAAUUCUGCCAGUCAAGUUUGAAAAGCAGAAGACACGCAUUGCUAUACGUAUAUAAAAAAUGUAUUUGGCCUGGUGAAUAUGAAAACAAAGAUAACGUAUAUAAAUCGAAUAAAGGGGAGGGAGUCAACGAAGUGUAUUAUGUGACAAGGAGGCAGAGUGUUAUAAAUAUCGUGACGUCAUAUGCCAAAAUCUUAAACGAAAAAUAAGACAUAUGUUAGGUAUGUUAUUAAUGUUUGCUCGCAGCGAGCGACUUACUGUACCACGGAAGUAAAGCCGUCGUGCUAUCUCAAUCUUUUUGGGGAUCAGCCGCCUCGAGGAGACAGAUCAAUCCGGUCUAAUUUAGUACAUGGGCCAAAAUAAAUGUAACCAAGUAUAUAAUAUACAGUAAGGUCAAUCUAUAAUCCUAAUCGGACCGCCGCGAUUUCAUAUUGAAUUUAUUAAAAACAGUAAUCCUUAAUGUUGGAACUGUUGUAUUCCUUUAUUCAGUUCUGGUUGGAAAAUUGUAAAACAAGUGCCGUCAUACCAAGGGCGAAGGGUCCCACAAAAGUGACCAACAGUGACUGGGAAUGGCGCAAAAAAAACAUGAAAAACCGUGUGACGAAAUUUAUUAACUACUUUUUCUUUUCAGACGACAUUGACUAUUAUUUUUACUGUAAUACUUAUUGACAUAAAGAUUAUGACACAUUACGGCUCUUAAAGCCUAGUUAUUGCUAAAUAAACACGUCCCUUUUAUCUAGAUAUUUUAAUUGCAUUAUAAUUAUUAAAUUGUAAUUUUUAACAAUCAAGUAAAGAACUAUUUAUUAAUGGCAUGAUUUUUAUUAUUAUUACGACGAGUCAUAUCAUAUGUUUAGUUACUUUUAGGUCUUUAUAAGAAGUGAAUAUUCAACAUCACUGUUCUUUCUGAAAUUAGUGUGUUUAAUAAUUUUAAAUGGGUUUACUGUGUAAUAAUAACCGUAGAACGUAGUACCAAAAGUAGUCCAGUACGCGAUAGCUUACACAUUUUAUUAUAAUAAAUGCUCAGGUAAUUCUCUACUGUAAAGCAAUAAGAUUAGGCGUUCUUAACAAGGAUAGUGGAUACAGACCAUCGACUUUAUUUAUUAUCGUCGUCAAUAUUUUUGUUUGUAUCAUCAUCUUUAAAUAAUUUAUUCAAAGUAUUCAGUAAAAUACUUUAUAAUUUAUUAUAAAGCCGUCCGUAUGUAUUAAAAUAUAAAAUACCUAGUUAUAAUUACAAGUAUCAUUAAGUAACAUCAAAUAUUUGGGUCUAAUAUUAUGAAUAGCACUGUUUUGACCUAAACGCAUAACGGAUUUAUUUAAGAAAUUAUACCUUACCAAGUAAUGUCUGGCUUAAAUAUCGUUUAUAAAUUGCUUACUUCAUAUAAUAGCUAUAUACUUAUACAGUACGUAUUUACACAGAAUAUUCUAUCAUUACUUAUUGUCGAUUAAUAAAUUUGUUAAAGCGCCGGGAUCAACUUAAGAUCAACGUAAGAGUUAUGGUAAUAUCGUACUUUCAAUUGUACUCUUCAAACCAAUGAAUACUAUGUGUCCAAAUAUUUAUUAUUUAGCUACAUGCAUUUUGUAAACCUCUAUAAAGUAAAAUCAUAAAUAUUUAACAACAUUUCUUUAUACUUAUGGAAUUUACCUAAACUAAAGUUUCAAUGAACAUGCACUUCCCUCAUCUUCAUACGAGUAAAAUGUGCCAUACCUAUAGAUAGUAUGGGUUGUGUAGCAUACUCACUCUCGAGUAGUUUUAUUUGCAGAAUCCCAUCAUUAAAAGGAACUAGUCAUUUGUAGCAAUAAGAGAAACGUUUCAGUGAUAACUUGAUAAUUAAUAUUAGCAAUUUGGCGUAUAAUUGAUUCAUUUCUGAAGACACGCAUUGGCUUUAUUUUAGAAUUACAAUUGCAUUGGCGGUUUAACUGAACGAAUCGCUUUUUGAAUUUAGUUUUGAAUGAGUGCCUUCAGAACAAGGAUCAAUAUUAUAUUUAUAAAACAGAUUAAUGUAUUGCAAUAAAAUGUGACCUAUAGAUUUGUUAUAAUAAUUUAAAGUUGCCUUUUACUCCUAGAUAAUAUAUCAUCUAUGGUUAUGUACCUUCACUUAUUUGCCUACUUAAUAUCAAACUGCCAUUACUAUGCAACAUAUUUGCUCACUGCUAUGGAGAAUAAGUAGUUGUACUAUAUUAUACUGAGCAUUUAAUAUUGUUCUUCGCGGUUCUAUAAAUGCAUACAAAUUUCCUGAUAGCUCUGCUUCGAAUGUAUUUACUACAGCACUUACUAAUGAGAAGCUAUUCCUCUAUGGUAAAUUGCUUUGCUAAUCGAUAUAGACCAUGGAUGGUAUAAUCUGUAUUAAUGUACAUAAUUGAGAGUGUAAUAAGUCUAUUACUACUAAUAAUGAAAUUUAAUGUUGUUGAGAUCUGACUUCUACAUUACUUUAUGAAGUGGGUGUAAUAAAAUUAUAACGUGUACAAGCAAUAGAAUUAAGUGUAUUGAAUAUUAUUUCCUUGUGAUUUUAGCGUCGCGAAUGGCGCUAAUAAUUGUCUUAAUUUUAUUAUUAUUUAUAUCUGUCAAUUAUUAAACCUUUUUAGCCGUAACUAUUACGCAGCAUUUUGGUAGAAACCAACCGACUAUUCUGUUUACAUAAUUAACUGCUAUGAUUUUGUCUUCAUUUAUUUAUCAGUUGUAUACAUCUGUAGUUUAGAUAUAUCGUAAUAAACCAAAUAUCAUUUCUGUUUUUUAAAUAUAUCACGAAUGUGUGUGUAAUUUGUAUAGUUUGUCAAUUGCACUUGCUAGAAUUUUAAUUGGCGUCACCUGUGUACGUUUGAAUUUGUUUUAGUAUAGUAUGUAUUCGUAUUUAUGACAUAGUUUGUAAAAUAUUGAGAUGUUAUAGUGCAAUACAGAUGUACUGUUUUA